AUGAAUCCGACAACCAGUAACUCGAAUCAGCUUGAUCCUCGACAGCAUCCGUUGAGGGCCACUGCUGCAGCAAUCGGCGCAGGUGUGCAAGGCGAGCGUCGCGAACCUCGGAUGAGCCACAUGCAAAGCGCGAAUGAAGGGCCUGCGGACAUCAUUGCAAAGGUAUCCGGUGUCGUGCAGGGCGGUAAAAGAGAAGACGAUGGCCUCUACUUCACCAACAAUGAGGGUAUCCCAUUUCCCGACCCAGCCCACAGCAAGACGGUCGGAGGAUUACCUCUUGCGAGCGAUGUAUUUCUUUUCCAGAAGCAACAGCAUUUCAACAGGUCUAAGCUGUUAGAGCGUAAGUAUCAAGUCCAUCUAAUCGGUGUAGCGCUGAUGAAGCUUAUACCUGCCAUAGGAAUGGUCCACCCUUGCGGUUCUGGAGCCUUUGGCUACUUUGAAUGCACUAAAGAUGUGGCAGACCUCACUAAAGCCAACUUUUUAUCCAGUGUUGGUGAGAAAACGCCAGUUUUUGUACGAUUUUCAACUGUGACUCUUGGUCGAGAGUUCCCGGAUGAAGCUCGCAACCCCCGAGGAUUUGCUAUUAAAUUUUAUACUAUGGAAGGAAACUACGACAUAGUAGGCCUCAACUUUAAGCCGGUGUUCUUCUGUCGAGAUCCCAUCCAAGGUCCUGAUGUGAUUCGCUCUCAAAAUCGCAACCCCAGGAACUUUCUUCUAGAUUUUGAUGCACUUUUCGAUCUCCUUGCCAAUACGCCCGAGGCCAACCACGCUGGCCUCAUGUUCUUCAGUGACCACGGUACACCUCAGGGUUGGCGCUUCAAUCAUGGUUAUGGUUGUCACACCUUUAAAUGGGUGAAUGCUGACGGUGCAUUCGUCUACAUCAAAUACCAUUUCAUUGCCAAACACGGGCAAAAACAGUUUACUGAUGAGGAAGCCGUCGCAAUGUGUGGAAGAGAUCCCGACUAUUCGAAGCGAGACCUCUGGGACGCGAUCGAGCGUGGCGAGGAAAUCGAGUGGACAGCCAACGUGCAGGUCAUGCAACCUGAUCAGGCUGAUCCUGACAAGCUUGGAUUCGACCCCUUUGACGUGACCAAGGUCUGGCCGAGGGACCAGUUCCCGAUGCAGGAAUUCGGCCGGCUCGUUUUGAACAAGAACCCGGAAAACUUUCACCGUGAUGUCGAGCAAGCCGCCUUUUCGCCGGGAAGCAUGGUGCCAGGCAUCGAGGAUUCUCCAGAUCCUCUGCUCCAGUUCCGCAUGUUCUUCUACCGCGAUGCCCAGUACCAUCGUAUUGGCGUCAACCUGCAUCAGGUGCCCGUUAAUUGUCCUUUUAUGGCCAAGUCCUACGCGUCCUUGAAUUUUGACGGCCAGAUGAGAACCGAUGCCAACCACGCCGGCAAUAAACAAUACGCGCCAAACAGCUUUGCUCAUAAAUUCCGCCCUGAUGUAGCAGAGGCACCUUACGCUGUUUCUGACAACAUUGUUAGCCGAAAGAGCCAUUUCUGGCAUGAAGGGAAAAAGAAUGACUAUGACCAAGCAACGGAACUUUGGACAAGAGUCAUGACUCCUCAACAACGUCAGAACACUUGUAAGAAUACCGCCAAGUAUCUACAACUAGUGGCGUUCAAGAAGAUUCAGGUAAAAUACCUAGCACAGUUGUACAACAUCUCUCCCGAUUAUGCAACGGGUGUAUAUGAACUGCUUGGUGAACCAGACUUUGGGUUGGAUGAAGUGAAAGACCUGGCACAAACAGCACACGAGUGGUACAAGGAAAAGAAGUUUUUACCUUCUACAAAUGAGAAGCUUGCGGGUAAUACACCUGCAAUGCCUGUAUAUAAUGUUUGA